UUUAGUCUGUCAUUAAAAGCUGUCACUAUUCUAAUAAUUAUUGAUAGUUCAAACUUUGUUUUGAUUAUUGUCUUACACUUUGAAUUCAUCUAAUUAUCGUUAAUAUCCAUUUCCUUUACAAUUUCUAUACAAUAACGAAAAAUGAGUCGUCGUAAACGCACUAAGGUCGAAAACCGCGAAUUAGAUGAAAAGUUGAAGCAAGAUGAUUCUGAAUCUGAUCAAUCUGAAAAGAGUAAGAUUACGUCUUCGAGUCCCAAACCAGUUAUUGGACGGCGGGAGUCGUCUUCCAGUCGUACUACUGACUCUAAAAAAGAAGAUAAGCCGAUCAUUAUCGAAGAAACUAAAAGUGAAGACAUUGAAGAAAUAAACUAUAAAGAGAUGCUAAACAGUUUGGAAGGAGCUGCGUUUCAAUCUAGACUUCCAUUUGACAAAAUGUCAUCUUUGGAAGCUGAGUGUUUCUCUGAUUUACAAGGACCAUCCAGUCAUACGUUUGUGCAAAUCAGAAAUCGUGUUUUAAAGCUUUGGUUUGAGGAUCCCAAGAAACAACUGACUCUGGAACAAGCUGUACAAAAGAUGGAACCACCUUACAAUGGAGAUCCAGCUUUGGUUAUAAGAUGUCAUGCAUUUUUAGAAAGACAUGGCUUUAUAAACUAUGGUAUUUAUGAAAGAGUGACGCCAAUUCCAUCUCCACCUAAAGGAAAACAUAGGCCCAAAGUUAUCAUUAUUGGAGCAGGUGUGUCAGGCUUAGCAGCUGCUCGUCAACUUCAGUCGUUUGGUUGUGAGGUUGUGAUUUUAGAAGGCAGAGACAGAGUGGGUGGUAGAGUUGUAACUUAUAGAAAAGGGCCUUAUGUUGCUGAUUUAGGGGCUAUGGUAGUAACAGGCUUGGGUGGCAAUCCUGUUACCACUUUGUCAGUUCAGAUGAACAUGGAAUUGCAUAAAAUUAAACAAAAGUGUCCACUGUAUGAAGCAACUGGAAAUCAAGUACCUAAGCAUAAGGAUGAAAUGGUGGAACGUGAGUUUAACCGUUUGUUAGAUGCCACGUCUUACUUGUCGCAUCAAGUGGACUUCAACUAUUACAAUGACACACCAGUCUCUCUCGGGCAAGCUCUCGAAUGGGUGAUAAAACUACAACAGAAAAAUGUUAAACAUAAGCAGAUUCAGCAAUUAAAAGCAGUAAUUACUUUACAAGAGAAAAUGAAGAAUAAUAUAAACAAGAUGUCCGAUGUAAAAGAAUUAUUAAAGUCAAUGAAAACGGAGAAAGAAGCCUUGCUCGUUGAGAGAGAAAAGGGUGCGACUGGAGACGCGAGUAUCUUGCAAGAGUUUAAUUUACGUCGACUGAACAGGGAAAUGAAUCAGCUAUGCAACGAAUACGAAGCUAUGGUAACCCAGAACAGCACUAUUGAGGAUAAAUUGACCCAGCUCGAAACAAACCCACCCAGUUCCGUGUACCUGUCGGUACGCGACAGGCAGAUACUCGACUGGCACUUCGCCAAUCUGGAGUUCGCGAAUGCAACACCACUCGGUAACCUCUCCCUCAAGCACUGGGACCAAGACGACGACUUCGAGUUCACUGGAAACCACUUGACAGUUCGAAAUGGCUAUUCUUGCGUUCCGGUGGCUUUAUCCGAGGGUUUGGACAUAAGGCUGGGGACGUCGGUCACAGAGAUAUCGUACGGUGGUCCCGGCGUCACAGUGAAGGCUGUCAACCCACGUGUCCCGAACCAGCCGCAGACGUUUAAGGGCGACGUGAUACUGUGCACAUUACCUUUGGGAGUGCUGAAAGUGGCGGUCGCAAACAACGGCCAGAAUCAGCAGAACUUUGUCAAGUUCGAUCCGCCGCUGCCUGAUUGGAAAGUGGCUGCAAUUAAACGUCUAGGCUAUGGGAACCUAAAUAAGGUUGUGUUGUGUUUUGAAAGAACCUUCUGGGACCCGAGCGCAAAUCUCUUUGGACACGUCGGCACGACUACGGCUAGCAGAGGUGAGCUGUUCCUGUUCUGGAAUUUAUAUAGUGCCCCGGUACUUCUUGCGUUGGUGGCGGGCGAGGCUGCGGCUGUUAUGGAGAAUGUGACUGAUGACGUCAUUGUCGGUCGUUGUAUCGCCGUGCUCAAGAGUAUCUUUGGACAUGCAGCUGUUCCACAGCCUAAAGAGUGUGUGGUAACAAGGUGGCGUGCAGACCCAUUCGCUCGUGGUUCUUACAGCUUCGUAGCAGUCGGUUCCUCUGGAACCGAUUAUGAUCUUCUCGCAGCACCAGUGCCUGACUCAUCGGGUGAUAAUAGAUUAUUCUUCGCUGGUGAACACACAAUGCGUAAUUAUCCAGCGACUGUCCACGGCGCUUUCCUCUCUGGUCUCCGUGAAGCUGGACGGCUCGCUGAUCUUCUGAUACCUCAGGCUCCAAUAACGAACGCAAGCGUUGCAGCCGCUACAGCAGCAGCGAAUCAUGCUUGAUGGACGAAGAAGAGGCUGGGCCAGCCUCUUGGCCUGUAUUAAUAAUAAUUAGACUGACUCAUCUGAAGUUAUGUUAUGUUCAUCAUCAACGGUAUGUUUGCGUCAUUUUAGACACUAAGAUAUUUGACUUCUUAAUUUUGAUUUAUGACUGAUAUGCUUUUUUUUUUAAAUGUCUAUGCAAGCGAAUUAUGCAUACGUUCAAUGGUGACAGCAGUGUUACAGUUACUGUU